CCCAUACACAAAUGACAACAAAAAAAUGAGGCAGUCACCAUCAUUAUCAUGUUAUAACAUAUUGUUAUGCAUUGUUAUUACUAUUUUGGUGUUGAUGACCCAAUAUUCAUAUUCAACACUUUACACAAAUUCAAGGUGGAUAGUGAAUGAAGGAGGGGAGAGAGUAAAACUAUCGUGUGUAAAUUGGGUGAGUCAUUUGGAAGUGAUGGUGGCAGAAGGACUUAGCAAACAACCAAUAGACACUAUUUCAGAAUCCAUUACUAACAUGGGUUUUAAUUGUGUUAGGCUUACUUGGCCUCUUUUCUUGUUUACUAAUGAUUCUUUAGCUACCUUAACUGUGCGUCAGUCUUUCAAUAAUCUUGGACUUGUUGAGUCCAUUGCUGGACUUCAAACAAAUAAUCCAACCAUUCUUGAUUUAUCUCUUCUCCGUGCUUACCAGGCAGUGAUAACUAGCCUGGGAAAUAACAAUGUGAUGGUCAUACUAGACAAUCACGUUAGCAAGCCCGGUUGGUGCUGCAGCAACUUCGACGGAAAUGGCUUUUUCGGCGAUCAAUACUUUAACCCUGAUCUUUGGAUUCAGGGCCUUACCAAGGUCGCCACCACCUUCACCAACGCUACUAAUGUCGUUGGUAUGAGCUUAAGAAACGAACUUCGUGGACCUAGACAAAAUGUUAACGAUUGGUACAGGUACAUGCAAAAAGGAGCUGAAGCGGUGCAUGCAGCUAACCCUGAUGUUCUAGUCAUUCUCUCAGGCCUAAAUUUCGAUAAGGAUCUCUCUUUCCUUCGUCAGAGACCAAUAAACUUGACUUUCUCUGGGAAGUUAGUAUUUGAGAUUCAUCGAUACAGUUUCACCGAUGGAAAAUCGUGGGAAACAGGCAACCCGAAUCAAGUUUGUGGGCAAGUAGUGAAUGACAUAAUGAGCAAAGGUGGUUUCCUAUUAGACCAAGGGUAUCCAUUGUUUGUGAGUGAGUUUGGGGCGGAUCAAAGAGGCACCAAUGUAAAUGACAAUAGGUAUUUCAAUUGUUUCCUGGGACUAGCAGCUGAACUUGACUUUGAUUGGGCAUUGUGGACACUUGUUGGAAGUUAUUAUUUGAGAGAAGGGAUUGUUGGACUCAAUGAGGUCUAUGGGGUUUUGGACUGGAAUUGGUGUGAUAUUAGAAACUCAAGCUUCCUGAAAAGGAUCUCCGCCGUGCAAUCUCCUUUUCAAGGGCCAGGAUAUAACGAGUCUCGCUCCCAUAAAUUAAUCUUCCAUCCAAUGACAGGGCUUUGUGUUAGACGAAUUUCAUUUUUCCAGCCAUUGGAGCUAGGUCCAUGCUCUGAGUCCAGUGCGUGGGACUAUACUCCAACCAAAACACUGACAUUAACAGGAACUUACUUUUGCCUACAAGCAGAUAAAUCUGGGCAGCCAGCAAAACUUGGCAUAAUAUGCACCAAUUCCAACUCCAAAUGGCAAACUAUUUCAAACUCCAAGAUGCACUUGUCUUCUAAGCUACAAGAUGACACUACUCUUUGCUUAGAUGUUGAUUCCAAAAAUGUUAUUUUCGCAAACACUUGCAAAUGCUUGAGCCAAGAUAAAACAUGUGACCCCACAAGCCAAUGGUUCAAAAUCAUUGACAGCACCAGGCAACAAAAAACUACAAAAUCCUUUCUCCAGAGCAAGCAAAUCAUUCAAUUUCUAGGAAAUACUCUUAGCCACAUCUUAUAAGUGAUAGUUCAGAUGGAUAGUUCAUUUAGACACAGAAAUGAAAAUUAAUUUUC